GGUGUGAGAGAGAGAGAUAGAAGAAGAAGAGAAUCCAAUCAACGUUUCUCUCUAAUUCCUCUUCCUUUGUUCUUCCUCUGCUCCAGCUACAGUAGUCUUACUAAGAAUCUAUAAAGUGUAAAGGAAGGUUUUUUUUUUGGUUGAGGGGAGUGGAGAAUCUUAUGACGGGGAAGCGAUCUAAGACUAAUUGCAGAUCUGCUUCUCACAAGCUGUUCAAGGAUAAGGCUAAGAACCGUGUUGAUGAUUUGCAAGGGAUGCUUUUGGAUCUUCAGUCCGCUAGGAAAGAGAGCAGGGGUACUGAUGUCACUCUCCUUGAGGAGCAAGUGAAUCAGAUGCUUCGUGAGUGGAAAUCUGAGCUCAACGAACCUUCUCCUGCUUCAUCCUUGCAGCAGGGUGGUACUUUGGGGUCUUUCUCAUCAGACAUUUGUCGGCUGCUGCAGCUCUGUGAUGAGGAAGAUGAUGCUACCAGCAAAUUAGCUGCGCCCAAGCCCGAGCCUGCUGAUCAGAAUCUUGAAGCUGGAAAAGCUGCUGCCUUCCAAAGGGGAUACAAUAUUGUUCAGGGGAAGUCCGAACACGGGUUUCCAUUGGCUAAUCAUUGCAAAGAUCCAUCUUUAGUAGUUGGCAACACCAACUUUGAUGGUACUGCAAAUCUGGAAUAUAAUCAGUUUGAUCUGCAACAAGAAUUUCAACCAAACUUCAAUGGUGGUUUCAAUGAUUGUCCCAGUUACGCUGUAGAGGGUCCUCUACAUAUCUCUACUUUUAUGCCGACUAUCUGUCCCCCACCUUCUGCAUUCUUGGGUCCAAAAUGUGCUCUUUGGGAUUGCCCUAGGCCAGCUCAAGGAUUCGACUGGUUCCAGGAUUACUGCAGCAGCUUCCACGCUGCACUGGCUUUUAAUGAAGGGCCACCAGGUAUGAAUCCUGUUGUGCGUCCCGGAGGAAUCGGUUUAAAAGAUGGUCUUCUUUUUGCUGCCCUUAGCGCAAAAGCUGGAGGGAAAGAUGUCGGUAUUCCUGAAUGUGAAGGAGCUGCAACUGCUAAAUCUCCAUGGAAUGCUCCAGAGCUCUUUGAUCUCACGGUUCUAGAGAGUGAGACACUAAGGGAGUGGCUAUUCUUUGACAAACCAAGGAGGGCUUUUGAGAGUGGGAACAGAAAGCAAAGAUCUUUACCAGAUUACAAUGGUCGCGGUUGGCAUGAGUCACGUAAGCAGAUCAUGGUCGAGUUUGGAGGGCUGAAGAGAUCUUACUACAUGGAUCCACAGCCUCUGCACCAUUUUGAAUGGCACCUUUACGAAUACGAGAUCAACAAGUGUGAUGCUUGUGCCUUGUACAGGCUCGAGCUCAAGCUCGUUGAUGGGAAGAAGAAUUCAAAAGGCAAAGUUUCAAACGACUCCGUGGCAGAUUUGCAGAAGCAGAUGGGAAGACUCACUGCUGAGUUCCCUCCAGAAAACAACAACAUGACAACCACCGCCAACAACAACAAACGCUGCAUCAAAGGAAGACCAAAAGUGAACACUAAAGCUGCCACCGUGAAUGUUCAGAACACAGUAGAGCAGGCCACUGACUAUGGAGUAGGUGAAGAGUUUAACUAUCUUGUCGGAAAUCUAAGCGACUAUUAUAUCGCCUGAGAAAAUGAAAAAAAAAAAUCAGGUUUGAAAAGCUGUUGCUUACCAUUUAAUUAGGCAGCAGCAGAAGAAGCUAUCUACAUCUCGUAGGGCAAAGUAAUGGAUUUUCAUGACUCAGUAUAAUUUGUUUCUUUAUAUUAUAAUUCUCUCUAUCCAUGGAGAUUAUGUAUAUAUAUAACAAGAAGGGGAUGCAGAAGACUGUCCUGGAGCUUGAGAACAUUGUUCUAACCAAAAACAGGAGAAGUAAAUGUGAGGAGACUGCUUUUUAAUAUUCAGUCUGCGGAAGUGAAGGCAUAUUUACCAACAUUCCGGUUUAUAUAUUUUGAUGCAUUUUCGACUUUCUUCUGUGAUAUAAUGCAGAUGACAAAUUAUGUAACCGAUGGUGGAAACGGUUUGAUUAUCGUUAUUGUUCUUAAUACAAUCAGGACCUUUUGUUCAAUGAGA